GUCCUAUUCUUUGCUUCCGGUGUUAUGGCCGCUCGCAGAGAGGGGUGACAGUAAUGGGGGGCAUUAGAGAGAUGGACGCGUGUGUUUAGGCAGGUGUGUGUUUGGGAUGGCGGUGACGCUGCUUAUUUGUCGGGCGGCGGCUCGUGCGACAGUUCUCGCGCACAGGAGGUACAGCCAGGUGUGCCCAUCGUUAUCCGAGCGACUGCAGGUCUUUGAGUCCCUCAAGGAAAAACGAGGCACUAGGAUCAGAGCUGAAGCCACAGAAACGCCCCUCAGUGUCCGACUGUCUGACGGCCGCACAGUGAAGGGAACAGCUGGUGUCACCACACCUCUCUUGGUCGCCCAGAGUGUCAGAGUGAAAGGAGCUCUGGUCAGUACGGUGAAUGGGGAGCUGUGGGAGCUUGGACGGCCUCUAGAGGCAGACUGUGAACUACAACUUCUGGGGUUUGACACAGCUGAGGGUAGACAGGCAGCAUGGAGGACAGGAGCGUGUGUCCUGGGCGGAGUGUUGGAGAAGGUAUUUGGUGCCGAGGUGUGCAGAGAAGGAGCGUCAGAGUUCGGGCUUUACGUUGACCAUCUGCUGGACAAUAGCGCCCUGUCUCUGAGUGACAUUGAGGAGAGAUGUAAACAGGCUGCAGCCCUCAAACUUCCUCUGUCCCGACUGGAGCUGAAUACAGAAGAGGUCCGAGAGCUCUUCCAGAACAGUAAGCUGAGACUACAGCUGGUUGAGGAGCAGAUGAAUGCCCCUGCUGUCACAGUAUACAGGUGUGGGGACAGCAUAGCGGUGUGCAACGGCCCCCUCCUCCCACACACUGGCCUCCUCAAGGUCUUCAAGAUGCUCCAGCUGUCGACCGUAAACCUGGCCAAUCUGACAGAGUCCUCAGGUUUGGUGCGUCUCCUAGGUGUGGCCUUUCCAGGAGAGAAGGACAAGCAGGAGUGGGAGAGGGAGCAGGAAGAGGCGAGGAGGAGGGACCACAGACGCAUCGGGACGGACCAGGAGCUGUUCUUUUUUAAUGACGUGAGUCCAGGCAGUUGCUUUUUCCUGCCUAAAGGAGCCCACAUCUACAACACCCUGACUGAUUUCAUUAAGAGUGAGUACCGAAGGCGAGGCUUCACCGAGGUCGUCACCCCAACUCUGUACAGCACUGCAUUAUGGGAGCGCUCGGGACACUGGGAGCACUACAGCGAGAACAUGUUCACCGUGACAUCGGAGGGCUCUCAGACCUACGCUCUCAAACCCAUGAACUGUCCGGCACACUGUCUCAUGUUCGAGCAGCGUGUUCGUUCGUGGAGGGAGCUUCCUCUGCGAUGGGCCGAUUUUGGGGCACUGCAUCGCAAUGAGCUCUCCGGAGCGCUGGGAGGCCUCACUCGUGUUCGAAGGUUCUGCCAGGACGACGCUCACAUCUUCUGCACACCUGAGCAGCUGGAAGAAGAGAUUGUGGCAUGUUUGGACUUUGUGAGGCGUGUGUAUCAAGUGUUUGGGUUUUCCUUCCACUGUCUCCUGUCGACACGUCCUACACCCUGCCUAGGGGAGCCUGAACAGUGGGAUAAUGCUGAGCAGCAGUUGGAGAGAAGUCUGCAGCAGUUUGGUGAACGUUGGGAGUUGAACCCCGGAGACGGAGCUUUCUACGGCCCAAAGAUUGACAUCCAGAUCAAAGAUGCCAUUGGCAGACAGCACCAGUGUGCCACAAUACAGUUGGAUUUCCAGCUGCCAAUCAGAUUUGACCUUCAGUAUGUUGGUCGAGAUGGACAGUUGCACAGGCCGGUGAUGAUCCACAGAGCAGUGCUGGGAUCCCUGGAGAGAAUGAUCGCUAUACUGGCUGAAAACUUUGGAGGGAAAUGGCCACUGUGGUUGUCCCCAAUGCAAGUCAUGGUAAUUCCUGUGGGGGGCAACAGUGAGUCAUACGGCAAACAGGUGGUCCAGCAGUUCCAUGAAGCUGGCUUCAUGGUUGAUUUGAACGACGAUCAGGGAGCAACCUUAAAUAAGAAGAUUCGCUCUGCUCAGCUGGCCCAGUACAACUACAUAUUUGUGGUGGGGGAUAAGGAGAGUGAGAGUGGAACAGUAAAUGUGAGGAGCAGAGGGGGUAAACAGCUGGGUAGGAGGCCGACAGAAGAGGUGCUGACAUCCCUCACACAGCUACGAGACACCAGGAGCAACCAAGACGAGUUUUGAUAAAAAAUUCCUGGAAAUAAUGAGUCACUGAUGUAAUAAAUGUCUGUUUCUACAUGUUCAAGCUGUUAUACUUUGGCCUUGUCUGAAGAGGUGACUGAUAAUAUUUGUAAUAAAACUAUAUAAAAGAUUGUC